GGAGAGGGGAGGGGUCGGUGGCCACAGUUGAUCUGUGAGCUCAUUCACUGAACUCCCUGCACACAGCAAACACCAGGGACAAUGCAAGACUAUGAUGAAGCCAUCGCUUUCCUGGGAGAUUGGGGAGCCUUCCAGAAAACUGUGUUCUUUUUGUUGAGUGUUUCAGUUAUCCCUAAUGGCUAUGUGGGUCUGUCCAUGGUGUUUCUGGCAGACACCCCUCAGCACCACUGCCGUCUGCCUGACUCUCUGAACGGAACCACUGGAGAAGCUAAUCUGAGUUCACUGCUGCCUGUAGAGGAGGUGGAUGGUGAGAUGAUCUACAGUCGAUGUAGAAGAUACAAAACUCCUGCAACAGAUGCUUUAAAUGCCACAACACGUGAGACUGAGCCCUGUGUGGAUGGCUGGGAGUACAGCACUGACAGGUACAUCUCUACUAUUGUCACUCAGUGGGAUCUUGUCUGUGACAGUAACUGGAAAGGACCAUUAUGUACAUCGAUGUUUUUCAUAGGUGUGCUGUGUGGUUCAUUCCUCUCGGGACAACUUUCUGACAGGUAUGGGAGAAAAAAUAUUCUCUUUGCAUCAAUGGGGGUGCAAGCUGUCUUCAGCCUUAUUCAAGUAGCCUCUCAGAGCUGGGAGAUGUUCUGCGUUUUGUUCUUUCUGAUUGGUCUCGGACAAAUUUCGAAUUAUGUCGCUGCUUUUGUUUUAGGAACCGAGCUCCUUUGCAAAUCUGUGAGGGUUGCUUUUGGAACACUUGGCCUGCCAAUGUUUUACGCACUUGGCUACAUGCUUCUCCCUUUUAUUGCAUAUUAUAUCCGAGAUUGGUCCAUGUUGUUACUAGCCUUGUCUCUGCCAGGACUUCUGUAUGUACCUUUGUGGUGGUUUAUACCUGAGUCUCCCAGGUGGCUGCUUGUGCAAGGUCGAGUGGAAGAAGCAGAGGUCAUUGUUAAAGCUGUGGCUAAAAGAAAUGGCAUUACACAUGUAGGAGUGAUAUUCAACAAUGAGGACCUUUUGAAUCCUGCAAAAAAUGAGAAGAGAACUCACAAUUAUUUGGAUUUGGUUAGAAGUUCUAACAUAAGAAACAUCACAGUCUUGUGCUCUUUUAUAUGGAUGAUUUUAACCAUGAGUUACUUUGGGUUAUCUCUGAACACGUCUAACAUGAACGGAGAUCCCUACAUCAACUGUUUUAUUAGUGCAACUUCGGAAAUUGCAGCUUCCACAGCUGCCUGGUGGCUGCUGCGCACAUCACCUCGAAGAAUUGCAACUGCUUCUCUUUUGUUACUUGGUGGAACUCUGCUGCUGCUGACCCAAUUGAUGCCUUCAAGUUUGCCCAUGGUUACCAUGCUUCUGGCAAUGGUUGGUAAAUGUGCCAUUACAACAGCCUUCAAUAUAGUUUAUAUUUACUCAAUGGAGCUCUAUCCAACUGUGGUGAGAAACAUGGGGGUUGGGGCAUGUAUUAUGGCAUCUAGAGUUGGUGCCAUAUUCUCCCCAUAUUUAACUUAUCUUGGAACGUAUAACAAGGUGUUGCCCUUCAUGCUAAUGGGAUUCUUUACAAUAGUAGCUGGAGUUGUCUGUUUAAUCUUACCUGAAACACGUGAUGGAUCUCUUCCGGACACUGUUCAGCAGUCACAGCCAGUUAGAUGGUGUAAAACCAAUAAGAAUCAAAUCAUUACCAUGGCAGAAAGGAACGAGAUUGCUCAGAAGGAAAGGUUGACCAUCAAAGUGGAUGCUGUCUGAACAUUGCUUAAAGUGCUGCAAUUUAUAGGCAAUUCGCCUCAGAAAAUGGGAGGGAGGUGGGAAAACAUUUAAAAAGAAGGGCAACACAUUUAAAUCCACAACAAAUCAAAUUCCCAACAGUAUUUUAAGGAAGGCUCUUUCAAACAACUUCCACUACACAAUGUAACUCAAUAUUUAUGAAUCAUUUAAGAUUUUGUUUUACCAAAAAUACAAAGAUAAUUGAUAAGAAGAAAACAUUUUCUUCUGAACUUUACUUUAAAAAAAAGCUGCACAGAAGGUCACUGGGGAGGUGAUUGAUCUGCACAGUGUGGACAAAUCGAGUCCCUGCUCACCCUCACUUUGCACAUGCACACAAUCUUUUUUAUGGUAUUGCAAAGGUAAAGUGUAGGAUUAGAGAUAGUCAUUGACUUCGAAAGUUAAAGAGAGAUGGAAACAGACAGAAAGUUAGACUGUAGCCUUUUUGUGUAAUGUCCAAUUAUCUGCACUGUCUCCUUGUCCAUAAUAGGAUUGGUCUCAAUUAGUGUGAAUGUUUGCUCUUUCUAAUGUAUCAAUAAUUAUAUUCAUGAAUAAAGCAACCAUUAUAUUAGAAGCUA